ACUUUCCCAUCCCACCUCAGACACAACACCCCCCUCUCCUAAGAUGCCCGCCGAAAACACCUUAACAACAAGCUUCACCCCCGUCGAACUCGAAUCCCUCUCCCAACUCCUCCUCGAACUCCCCCGCCUCCUCGACUCGCUCCCCGGCGGCCAAGAGGUCGACCACGAAUGCUGGGGCAUCCCGAUCAAAAUCGGCGCAGAAGAGACGGAUGCUCGGUUUAGGGUGGUAUUGGUCAAAUUCCUCCGAGCGAAUAAGUUUUCGGUUCCUGCUGCCUACGACCAACUCCGCGAAACCCUCAUCUGGCGACACGAGUUCCGCGCUCUCGAAGCUGCGGAUGAGGAAUAUGAUCAAGAUCUUUAUGGACAGGUGGGGUUGAUUCAUGGGAGGACGAAGAAAGGUGGUUUGGUGACGUGGAACUUUUAUGGAGGGUUGGAUAAUGAGAGGGUGUUUGGGAAUGUGGAGAGGUUUUUGAGGUGGAGGGUUGGGUUGAUGGAGAGGGGAAUUCGGGAGGGGGUUGAUUUUGUUACAAGGGAUUCGAUGGCUCAAGUCCACGACUACGCAAACGUCUCCUUCUUCUCCAUCUCUCCCACCACGAAACUCGCCUCAAAAACAACGAUCCAAACAUUUCAGACAUACUACCCCGAGCUCCUUUCCCAGAAAUUCUUUGUGAAUGUUCCGGGGAUGUUGGCGUGGGUGUUUAAGGUCAUGAGUGGGUUUGUGAAUAAGGAGACCGAGAGGAAGUUUGUUAUGUUGGGGAGUGUGAAGGGGUUGAGGAAGUUUAUUGAUGAGGGGGAGUGGCCGUCGAAGGUGCAGAAGUAG